UUUCUUGCUAGAGGCAUGCAUGGUUAUACUAAAAAAAUAGUACCGAAGUACAAACACUGCACAUAAUGUUGACAUUACAACCCGAAGAUAUUACCAUAUCGUACAAGGCAAGAAUUAAUACCCUGACGUCGUUCAAAGUGGAUUACAUUUAGAAUGUGACAGUAGUAGAUUCCUAUAAACGAAAAUGGCAGAUCGCUGUUUGACAAUUUGUGUCAUAAUGGGAAUAGCAACUGUUAUAGGAGGAGUUUUCCUGACAAUAAUCACCCCCUAUGGAUACUUUGGAGGUGUUUGUCUUAUCACUUUUGGAUUGACACCAGUUAUAUCAGGUCUUGUAAUUUGGAUAAGGACACAGAAAAAACGCAGAAAAGGACGCAGAAAAGGGACGCAGAAAAAACGAGCAAAUCAACAUUCUAAUCCAACACGAUUGACUGAUGGCCCAACUAGAAUUUCCCAUACACCUCAAAACGAAUCAGUUAUGGAAGCAACAGAAAAAGCUAUGAAACAUUUAUCUGCAAAGUCAACUAAGAAUACUGACCUAACCGACAAAAUGUUCCAAACUCAUAGGGCACAGCAACGGUCCUUGCCCCCGCCUUAUUGCGACCACUCUACAUCUGAACAACGACGAUACUCGCAUGAAUAUUUGAAAGCAACAGAAAAAUCAAGUAGAUAUCUCUCUCUAAGGUUCGCUAAGGAUAGGCCUACUGGACUGACUAAUACAGGAUUUUCAUCUAACGAGGCACAAAAUCUUUCCUUGCCUCCGCCUUAUGGUGCUCCGUCUACUUAUGAGCAACGACCAUAUUUGCAUGAAUCGGUUAUGAAAGCAGCUGAAAAAUCAACCACUGAAAGGUCAACUGGACUCCUUGAUAAAGGAUUCUCAAAUCACAAGGCACAGCAGAUAUCCAUUCUUCUACCCGAUGCUGCCCGUUAUGAUGCUACGCAUGAACUUGAUAUGAAACCAAUGGAAAUAGCAACCAUAAAUCCCUCUGCUGGGUUAACUGAAGAAACUGGACUGCCUUACAAAGGUUUGUCAACUCACGAGAAACAACAGUUUGCCUCCCCUCCGCCUUAUGGUGCGUCGUGUUCCAUAGGCCAACAGGGCUAUGUAACAUUUAUUAAAGUCGACUAUACAUAAACAGUAAAUGUUGUUAUAUGGGCAUAGAUGAUAUUGAACCACAGACAAAUCAUCAUAUGAUUGUGAUCAUUGAUGCGGGACGGGGUAAUGUAACAAUUAUUACAGUCGACAUAAAAAAGUAAGUGUUAAUACGACUAAGGCAAUAUGGAUCUUUCUCUGAGUGAUAAGAUGAUAUUGACCGAGGGUACAUUAUCAUAGUAAACAAAAAUGUAUGGACCGGAACAUUGAAAGCAGGUGAUUGCGGCAUCAUGCCAUCCCAAUUGACUCAUUUAAAAAGUGUUGAUAGAGACCGCCUGUCCAAGAAACAUCUAAAGUAAAAACUUCAGUCUGUGACGAUGAUAAAUUAUUACCACCUUGUCGGGCCAGUUCUAGGGGUUUUAGUGCUAGCUAGUCAAGAAGGCAUUAAUGUUUCUAUAUCGACCUGAGCAAUAUGUGACGCCAUGGUGGUGGUCAAUAUUGUCAGUCAAGAAUGCAAUUAAUGACCGGCAAUUUAGAUAUUAGAUAUCGUUCAGUGCGUAAGAUUUUCUUGCUGUUUCAGUCCUGGUCAUUAACGGUGGUAAUAAUACUAAUAACGUCAUUUCUGCCUUCGGCCCUCGGUCCAAUAUUUCACUAUAUUGCCCUUUGAAAUGAAGUUAUUGUACUAUUCCAUAUUAUAAUAUCAUAUACCAUGAAU